GGGAGCAGCUCCUGGGAUCCGAUGGCCUUGUUAGGGCAGCGCUGACCUUUCUCCCGGCGGGGGAGGAGAGCGGGACGGGGCGGGCGGCAGCGGCCGGGCAGGGGAGAGCGGCCGGCCCGGGACCCCCAUCCCUUCUCCGCCGCGGGGAUCGGGACCCCCAUCCCUUCUCCGCCGCGGGGAUCGGGACCCCCAUCCCUUCUCCGCCGCGGGGAUCGGGACCCCCAUCCCUUCUCCGCCGCGGGGAUCGGGACUCCAUCCCUCCCUCCUCCUCGGGGCGGCUCCCCGGGCGGCCCAUGCCCGUGCCCGCGGGGCAGGUACCGGAGUGGCUGCCCCCACGGGGGGGGCUGGAGCUCGGCCCGCCCUUCUCCCCUCCCUCUCGUCCAAUUUCUCUCUCCUGCCGUGCCCCAGCCCCUCGGCCGGGCCAGGCGAGGCAGGAGCGGCCGGUCUCGGCGCCCAGCCCGUUCCCUCCGGGGAUGCGGGAGCCCCGGAGCGCUGCCCCUGGGAACGCUGCCCGGCUGAGGGGCACCGGAGGGCACCAUGAGCGGCGGCAGGUUUGAUUUCGAUGAUGGAGGCGCCUAUUGCGGGGGCUGGGAGGGGGGCAAAGCCCACGGGCACGGCAUCUGCACCGGCCCCAAGGGCCAGGGCGAGUACUCGGGCUCCUGGAACUACGGCUUCGAGGUGGUGGGCAUAUACACGUGGCCCAGUGGCAACACCUACGAAGGCUACUGGUCCCAAGGCAAGAGGCACGGGCUGGGAAUCGAGACCAAAGGACGGUGGGUUUACAGAGGCGAGUGGACCCAUGGCUUUAAGGGACGGUACGGCGCGAGGCAGAGCAUGAGCAGCGGAGCCAAGUACGAGGGUACAUGGAACAAUGGCCUGCAGGAUGGCUACGGCACCGAGACCUACGCUGACGGAGGCACGUACCAGGGCCAGUUCACCAACGGCAUGCGGCACGGCUACGGCGUGCGGCAGAGCGUGCCCUAUGGCAUGGCCUCCGUGGUGCGCUCCCCGCUGCGCACCUCGCUGUCCUCCCUGCGCAGCGAGCACAGCAACGGCACCCUGCCCCAGCAGGACUCGCCCGCCGCCAACCCCGAGAGCCUGCCCCUCUCGCCCACCAUCACCCGCGGCGGCUUCGCCCUCAGCCUCUACGCGGACGCCGAGGCCGGCAAGGCCAAGAAAGGGGGGCUCUUCCGCAGGGGCUCCUUGCUGGGCAAGCUGAAGAAGUCCGAGUCCAAGUCGUCCUUGGCCAGCCAGAAGAGCCGCGUCAGCUUCCUCAAGAGCGAGAGCGGCAUCAGCUCGGCCGCCAGCGAUGCCACCUCCACCGUCAGCCUGGGCGAGGGCGCCGAGGGCGAGGAGUACACCCCCUUCGAGUCCGACAUCGACGCCACCACCACGGAGACCUACAUGGGCGAGUGGAAGAACGACAAACGCGCCGGCUUCGGCGUCAGCGAGCGCUCCAGCGGGCUCAAGUACGAGGGCGAGUGGCUGGACAACCUGCGGCACGGCUACGGCUGCACCACGCUGCCCGACGGCAAGAAGGAGGAGGGCAAGUACCGCCACAAUGUCCUGGUCAAGGGCAUGAAGAAGCGUGUGAUACCCCUCAAGAGCGCCAAGAUCCGGCAGAAGGUGGACAGGAGCGUGGAGGGGGCUCAGAGGGCCGCAGCCAUUGCCCGGCAGAAGUCAGAGAUUGCGGCAUCCAGGACGGCUCAUGCCAAAGCCAAGGCUGAAGGGUCUGAGCAGGCAGCUCAGGCAGCCAACAACGAAUCAGGCAUAGCCAGAAUGAUGGCCAGGGAGCUCUCCCCAGACUUCUACCAGCCAGGUCCCGAGUACCAGAAGCGGAAGCUGCUGCAGGAGAUCAUCGAGAACGCGGAGCACGCGGUCAACAUGGAGGAGGAGGCGCCGCGGCCCGAGGCCGCCCCGCCGCCCCCCACGCCGCCCGAGAGCCCCCAGCUCCACGAGCAGGAGGAGCCGCGGCCCCGGGCCAGCCCAGCGCCCAGCCCGGCCGCCACCCCUCCCGAGGCCAAGCGGGCCAAGGCGGCCCCCCGGCAGGACAGGCCCCUCCGUCCGGGCAGCUGGGCCGAGGCGGGCGGGCAGGCGGGCGGCGGGAGCCCGGCACCCUCCGAGGGCGAGGGUCGGCCGGGCUCGCGGGGCCGCGGCCGUGCCGCCGAGCAGAUGGAGAUCGGGCCGCUGCAGCGCAUGGCGCGCGAGCCCGACGUCGAGCUCUUCAAGGGCUACCACAGCUACGCCGUGCGGACGUCGCCGGUCACCCCCGCCACGGACUAUGAGGAGGAGCAGUUCCCCGAGAAUGAGCCGCCCUCUCCGGAGCCCCGGGGCGAGCCCCAGCACCGGGCGGGCACCCCUGGCCUGCCGCGGGAGGAGAAGCCGUCGGUUGCGGCGGAGGCCAAGGCGGAGGCCAAGGCGGAGCCGCCGCGCCCCAAGGAGCCGCAGCAGCGCCCCAGCCCUGAGCGCAGGGCUGGCGGCCGGGCCGAGCCCGCGGCCAACAGGAAGACUGAGGCCAGGGCUCCAGGCCGGACGGAGCCCAAGGCAGGGGCCAAGCGCGGCCCAGCGCAGGCGGCGGCACUGGUGGCAGCACAGAAAAUGGAGGAGUGUGAAGAGGGACCUAACACAAUUGUGAUCUGCAUGGUCAUCUUACUGAACAUUGGUCUGGCCAUCCUAUUUGUACAUUUUUUGACAUGAUGAGCCUCUUGAACAAGGUGUCGCUGCUGGUGGAGACCUCAGACCUUGGCGGGGAUUAAAGCUCAGCCACCUGGAAACACCUCAGAGGAGGCCUUGAGAUCCCAAGGUUGCACUGCAAACAUCAACCUUAAAUGAGAGUGUCUGAAGAUCAGUUGCAUUUCCUGCUCUCAGGCUGUGGCUGGCCUCUGCAAUCUACCAAAGAAAAGCCAGGGUUUCUGCACUGUGGUCUCCUCUUCUUUGUAUAAAAUAGCAGUUGCCUUAAAUUAUUCUCACCAAAGCCAUCAACUGUCCUGCCAUGCCAGGGAUGAGGGAUUUAUCUAUAGCUGUAGGAAAAUGAGUGAGAAGGUCUCAUGCGUGCACACUGAUGUGUUUUGUAACUCCCUUGGUUGACUUAGUGUCAGAGAUUUUCCAAAGAUUGUCAUCCAUGGCAUGGAGAUGAAGCAAUACAGCAACCGGAAUGACUCAUGGGAGCCGCGCCGUGGCUCGGGGUGGACGGCGCUGCUCUCCCUGCUUGGAAGUCAUCCAAAGGGAUGAACAAAAAGUCUUUCCUUUCCCUUGUCACCUGGCAUCAUUUUCCAUGGAUGGAGGACUGAGAGGGGGAGCAAGUUGAAAUUGGGCUUGUUGAAGUGUGACCCAAGUUCUGCCCAUGGUGGCCGAUGCACCAUGGACGGAGCAGCGGGGCAGGGUGUGAGGGACUGGUGGAUCCAAGGCUGCUGGUGCCUGUGGGGGUGCUCUGGGUGGAGAUGGGACCUCUUUUGGGACCAGGCACCAUCCAAGUGCUCUCCUGCCACCAACAAUGCUCUGCACAGAAGCAGCUUGCAGUGGGUGGCUUCCCACUGUAAUGGGAAAGGCAGUAGGUGUGCUGAAUUUGUCCCUUUACCCUUUUUUUCUACGAAAAUGUUGUGAGUUACAGUGAAAAGGAGGAUCUUGCUGAAAUGCCUCCGUACACCUGCAGGUUCCUCCCCUUGGUGUGCCGGGCUGCAGGGAGGUCCUGGCCUCUCAUUGCACCUGACAAACCAGCCAGAGGAUGCAGGGUGGCUAUUGUGGGAGAGGUUACCUUAUUCCUGAAAGAAAAAAGGUGCAGAGAUGUGAGUGACUGAAGUGUAUUUGGGUGUUGGGCUCAGAAAUAUGCAGCAGCCAGGCUUUCAGCAGUGGCAGAGUACAGUGGGGCAGUGUAGCUGUUGCUCGUGUGUGUGAGGCUGAGAGGCCUGGGCAAUUUGCACCCAUUUUCCCAAAGCUGUGACAGGGAGUGACCUUUGGAAGGAGAUUUUUCCACCAUGAUCUGCUCUGAUCCUUAGCAGUGUAAGCUUAGAAAGUCGGCACAGAUGAAGUUACAGUUUAGUGUGAGGCUGAGUGCUUGGACAUGUUUCUUCCUUCUUUUAAGAGCAAAGUGUAUUUUCUAUCCCUUUUUAAGAUAAUCAGAGAUGUUAUUUAUAGUUGGUUGUGCACCUCUGUGUAUCCUGAAGUCCCACAGCACAGGACUGGGUGGGAAAACCUUGUUGGACUGGAAAGAAUGGGGAAAUUAUAGUUAAGGAAAAAAACAUAUGCCUGGUCUGCUUCAAAGGUCAAUCUGAAAGGAUUUCGAGAUGGAGUGGUAGACACACAGGGGUUUACACUCAUUGGAGACACAGGGCAAAACCUACCUAAUUUAUCUACUCUAGUUAUGGCAUAAGAGAGUGAGAAUAAUUCAGUACUUUGUGAACCAAGUCUAUUUUUUAACCUUAUUGAGCUCAGGAACAUUGCCACAGUAGCAAAUAUGUGAUAUUAAGUGUGGGAGAAGUGAAUGUGAUCCUUUCCUAAAAGCCAUGUGGCUGUACCAGUCCUGAGAAAGCUGUGCAGCAUCAUCUACACUUCCACAGAGCAUAGUUUAGUAGCAAUUGGCUUAUUUUCUUUUUUUUUUUUCUUUCCUUAAAUAUAAAUGUAUUGCAAACCCCAGGCUCUGCUGCCUUUAACGUUUUGUCUCCAUUUGCUGGCAUUCACUUGCCAACUCUGCAGUUUCAAUAUGCCAACUGCUUUUAUUCACCACCAAGACUAUUUCCAUUGAGAGACCUGAGGGGCUUUUAUUUAUCACUAAGCACAAAAAUGGAUAUUUUUCAACAGUGCUAAGGUAAUUCCUUUCCACCCCCCCCCCUUUUUUUAUGCAUGCAAUAUGCACUCACUAAUGUGCUUUCCUCCUAGUAACCUUCUGAGAAAAGUAGGUAGAUUUGCUUUUAUGUGACGUAUAACUAUCCAUAUUGCACUGAGAUAUGGAUAUACUUACAUAGAGAGAAAGCCCCUUAGGGAUUUCAUUUUCUUAGAUGCAAAAUACCAGAUUUACCUCAAACUGCAUGCUUUCAAAACUGACUAGGAUUUUGUGUUAUACUUUUCAGGUCUUACAAAGAUGCAGAUACCUUUCACUCUUCACACAAAAGUACCUUCAUCACAGAUUUUGCUAGCUGUUUACUACAAUCUGUGUACUACUGUCCAGAAUUUUCUGUCGGUUGUUCUGCUGGAUUAUGUGCAAUAAUAAACAGUUAUCUGCUCACUCUA